AUGGGGGCGCUGUGCGCGGCUCUGCUCCUGUUCUCCUUGGCCGCGCUCUCGCGCCGGGGCGAGCCGAUCCCCGCAGCCUCUUACCUGAGCGACGGCCGUUACUGCGCGGAGCUGUGGCGCGCUCAGCCGGGGCUGGGUUACGCCCGGAUUUCCGACGGCACCCUGUUGCUGGAGCGGGAGGCCGGCCGUCUCCCGGGCUGCUCUGUGCGCACGGAGCCCCGGGCUGUCAGCUCCUUCAUGCGGGAGUGUGAGCUCCGGGCCAGCCACCUGCCGCCCGGCACCGACCUGAGGGACACCUGGAACCGCCGGAGGAGCCAGUGCCGGGCGGGGCCCGCACAACGUCCCCUCCGCAGGAGCAAGAGGGGCUUCACCUACCCGGGGACCCUGUGGUGCGGGGCGGGGGACAACGCCGACAGCUACGACCACCUGGGCGAGUUCACAGAGACGGAUAAAUGCUGCCGGGAGCACGACCACUGCGAACAUGUCAUCCAUCCUUUCGCCUACUCUUACGGCCACAGGAACUUCAGGCUGCACACCCUCAGCCACUGUGACUGCGACACCGAGUUAAAGAGGUGCUUAAGAAGAGUCAACGACACAUCCUCCAGGGUUGUGGGACAGGCAUUCUUCAAUGUGUUAGAGGUCCCCUGUUUUGACCUCGUCUACAAGGAGCAGUGUGUGGAACGGUAUUGGUAUGGCUGGUGCAAAAAGUAUGAUCGUGUUCUAAUCGCUGUACCCAGGGAGUCUGGGCUUUAUGAUUAUGGAGGAGAAUUGAUUGAUCUAGCAGUGAUGCAAAAUCCUGCUUCAGACAGCUCAACAUCCUUUUCUUCAAUAAGCAGCACGUCACCUUUAACAGCAGCUCCAGAAACAGCUAAACCAGGAGCUACAUGGCAACAGUCAACACUUGGCCAAGUAUUUCAUGCGGCAGAAGAUGUCCUCAAAGUCAUGGUUUCUGUCACACAGAGUUCUGCCCAUGGCACCGUACCUAGCACUGUGAGCAACACUGUGAAUGACAAGACCCGUGUUGCACUGGACAAAGCCAAGAAAAAGGAAGGAAGGAAAAGCAAUAAGAGAAGGAAGGGAAAAGGGAGGAAGAAAAAUCGCAAAGCGAAACUCCAUUCCAAAACCACCAAGGCAACUAAUGUAUUGCCACUCCUUGAAAAGAAAAUUCAAAACAAAGAGGACUAUUUCACUGAGAUUGAGAAGAUUGGAAAUAAUGAAUUUAACCAUCUUUUUGAUAAUUCUCUGGAUUUAGGGAUAAAGGAAAAUGCAUUUAAUGAUGUUAUGAAUGAUGAGUCUUACAGAGCGGACAGCUUCACACAGGUUUAUCAGAUGCCUUCUGUGGUUACAACCAACCCUAUUCAUCAAAGUUACAGAGGUGAAGGUUUUACAUCUCUUGCAUUUACACAGGUUCCUAAAUCUGAAUUUUAUAGUGAGGGUGUGACUGCCAAAUCACUGCUCAAAUUGGAGGAUGCACAUCAGUCCCAUAGAGAAGAAGCAUUUACACAACCACCUACUAAACCUAGUCAUGAUACCCACUUCAGCAAACAAACUUCUGUUUUAACCGUGGUUAUGUCUAGACAAUACACAGCCAAGGUAUCUACUCCACCAAAUGUUCAUAAAAAGCUUGAAGUGGUUACAAACACUAAGCUGAAAGCAAACCAAUCAACUCCUCCCUCAAAAAGAAAAAACAAAACGUCGCGACGUAAACGGAAGGGCCGAAGGAGAAAGCAUCAAAAAUCUCAACAAGAAAGCAAGCUGGUUAUACCAACUGCUCCUAGCAAGGCUGCUCAUGGUACACUCUAACUAGGAAUGUAUAUUAAAGUGUUUCAUCCAUAUAGCUGCCAAAUGACAUAUUGUCUUUCAUAAAAACUUUGUGACUGCAAAGAAUAUCUGACAUUACAACACAAUUGUGAAGAACAGUUAGCUUUCUGAAAUAGACUGUGUAUAUAUUGAAGUUUCAUAUUGUUGAGAUUUGGUUCAUUUGUUGGACCAUGAUUUGUAUCAAUGGACCCAAAUACACGUAGAAAGAAACCUUUAUACAGUUUAAUAAAUCUAAUACCUUUUAGACAUAAU